AAAAUUGAGAAAAAGCCCAGAAAAAUCUGCAGCAAUUCGCAUUUAUGUGAAGAAUACGUUUUUCUUAUAAAAUUCGUUUCCCGUUUUCCAGUUAUUUUUGGUUAUGGAAAAUCAAUCGAUAUUCUCGAGCUUCUCCAACUAAGAAAUGAAUGUCGAUUUCUAAAGUUUUGAUUCUCUAUAUUUUCUUCUCAAUCAAUCGGAGCAUCUCCUAAGAUUCUGAACAGUAACAGAUUUUCAUCCCCCUGGAGAAUUACUCACAGGAUAAAGAUGCUCGGCAUUUCUUACGGGGAGCUGUUCCUCAUUGUUGGGGCUGCAGCCGCCCUUAUUGGUCCAAAGGAUCUUCCAGUGAUAGCUAGAACGGCUGGGAGGUUAGCUGGGCGCGCUAUCGGAUAUGUUCAAAUGGCACGGGGACAAUUUGAAAGCGUUAUGCAUCAAUCUCAAGCUCGUCAGGUGCAUAAAGAACUGCAAGAUACAAUGGCACAACUAGAAGCAAUACGCCAUGAAGUUCGGUCCAUUUCUUUCAUGAACCCUGGUCCCUUGACUACAAGACUUGUUGAUAAUCUUGCUAGUCAACCACCUGUUACAAAUGUGGAAAAGGUAUCUUCAAAACCUCCUCAGGAGAAUAAUGUCAGAGUUGAGACCCCGGUUUCCAGUAGCACGACCAAGGAUCACAGUCCGUCGACCUUUUCGCUGUCUGAUAUACAUAGUCAAGCAAGCGCAUAUGCAAGAUUGGCUGAAUCUGCACCCUUGACAGCAAAUUCCAUGGACGAUGUUCUUAAUGAGUUAAAGGAUGAUUCUGGUCAGUUCGUUGUUCUACCUAUAUCAGCUGAAACUGCUAAACUGUUGCCCUGUCAAAAAGGUGAUUUGAGUGGAUCCGACUUAUUGUUAGAGGCAGUACUUGAGGAAGAGGUGGCCCGCAAUGCAAAGAGUUUCUUCUCUCAAGCCCAAAACCAAACAAAGAGUGAAUGAGUAAGUACUAAUAUUUUUCCUCAAGUUUGUUAGAUUGUCUUGGAAAAAAAUAACUGUCAAACCAGUAAAAGCAAUUGAAUACUACUCCUGAUAAUCUUUAUGCUGCAUAUUAUUACAUUGCAUUAGUCUACUUA